AUGUCAAGUAAACCCAAACCAACCUUGCCUUCUCAUGUAGCAUCAACAUUUCAAGAACCACACAGUUCUACUGGAUCUGUGGCUUCAGUGCUCACAGCAACACCUGAGACAAGCACAAGAAGGUUGAACACAAGCACAGCAACACCGACCACUUCAGCUUUACCCUGGAGAAAUAGUGUGCCUUUACACUUGGCCACUCUAAAAGGCAAAAGAAACUCAGAGAAAGCACUGACCAUCAGGGAAGCGGCCAGCUCUGCUCCCCACAUGUCUGAAUCAGUUUUAUCUAAAACCACCUUGUCCACCUUGAUCCCUGACACCACAGAGAAGAGCACUGUUUCUGCUUCAGUGAACACAUGGAACUCUGCAAGGACUGACACACACAAUGGAGCUGAAUUGAGGAGUACCCUUCUGUCAGACACACCCAUGACUGUUACUGUGGUAGAAACUAACAUGCCUGAUAUGACUUCAACCACAGAGCAUACUCCUAAGCUUACUGAAAUGUCCUUUACAAAUUCUGUCUUUGUAUCCAGAACAGAACCUACUAACAACACUUCCUAUUCAAGCCCUCACCAGCCAAUCAAGCCAGAAGAAACCACCAGUGAAAUGUCCACUGGGCCCCCAAACUCUAUCACUAGCACAGAGAUUACCACUAAUCAGACAGGACAUUUUGUGGUGAACUCAAACAUGGUCUCCCAAGGCACAUUAGAAACUUCCUUAGUGUCUGGAAUGCUUUCUAAUGUCUCUCGGAGUUAUCCAUUGCUAGAGACAUCCACUAUUCUCAGCAUAAGUUAUGUUGCCCCAUCCAAGACAAAAUUCUCAUCACUGGAAGGAAUCAUCUCUGAAAUUCCCUGGGGAACUACAGUCAGAACAAACUCUUCAUUACCAGUUAAUUCCACAUCACAAAGGCAUAGUCACUCUCUUGCAGGUUCUAUGAACUUACCACUGCCUAUUACCCAUAAUAGUACCAAGCAAGGUUGGAACACAGGUUGGAUACAAUCUAGCACACUUGAAAACAUGGAUUUAACCACAAAGUAUGGUCCUAACCAUACUGAAGUGCCCAUAAACAUUUCUCUUCUUAAAUUUUGGACAAGGGACAUGUCUACUGGGAAUGCAUCCCUUACAAAGCUACCUGAAUCAACAUCAGAAGAAACAUCCAGAGAAAUCACCAUCAGAACCCCUCGUUCAAGCACCAAUCCAAAAUCACAAGAGUUGACAAACAGUCACACUGGACAGUCUGUGGUUACAUCAAACAGGGUAACUUCUGAAAACAUAUCAACCUCUGCCUCAAUCACAGACACUAACUCCAGUGGAGUACAUACAUUUCCACAUUCAGAAGCCAUGGCUCCCACCAAUAAUAUUGCUUCAGAAACAUUAACACCCAUUUCUUGGGAAGUAUCAAUGUCUGCAGAUUCCUUAACAAUGCCACAUGAGUCACAUUCACCUUCUGCUAUUUCUUCCAUGACAGACAGACACAACAGAUUAUUUACUAAUUCUCUGGAUUCUAUCAUUACAAUUUCUAAGGCUCUAAUCCCAACAGACUUGUCUGCAAGCUCAGGACCUGUGUUUGACUCAAUUCUAAGCUUAAGUAGCAGUCCUCAGACAAGUCCCAACAUUGCACAAGCAUCCAGUAUCUCACAGAUGACCAUGGUUUCCUCUGUCACAAAAGGAAACCAUGCGGAAGAUGGGAGUUCAACACCCCAACUCAAACACACUAUUACAACUACACCAGUCUCAUCUGAAAAUGAAUAUUUCACAAUAGUUCCAACCAACUCAGGAGGCACCACACUUUCAUCUUCACAAUCAGUCUCAUUUGCAACUGUAGAGAUAGGAAAACAGACACCUUCCACCUUGAACACAGCAUUGAAAAAUAACAGUAAAUCUGAUGUAUCACAUGCAACAAAAGGAAUGAAUACUAACCAGACUGAUGUGUCCACCAUCCCUUCUCUUCAAGUGUCUCAGAAAGCAGCCAUGUUUGAGCACAGCACAUCCUUCUCAAUUCCACAUAAGUCAACAUCAGAAGACACUUCCAUUGGAAUCUCCACCAGACUCCUCAGAUCUACAACUACCCCAGAAUCAGAAGAGACAGCAGCCAGCCACAGGGGACAUUCUGUAGUGACAUCAAACAUGGUGACUUCCCAAAACACAUCAACCUCUGCUUCAAACACAGAGACCCAGCACAGUGGGACACAGACAUCUCUACUUUCAGAAUCUGUGGGUCAUUCUAUCAAUUCUCCAUCCCCAUCUUGGACUCCUUCAACUUGGGAAGGGUCCAUGUCUGCAAGUUCAACAAGACCUCCACCUCCACCUGAUACACCCUCACAUUCUCCAGUUCCUGUCAAUGCAGAGAGAUACAGUACCAACUCUCCCAUUUCUGUCACCUCUAUCUUCACAGUUGCUAAAGACCCAAUCCCUUCCGGACUAUUUACAACCUCAGGAUCAGUGACUCAUUCAAUACCAAGAUCCAACAGUGCUCACCUGUCCACAAUCUCACAGAAAACCUCUGUUUCCUCAUUCACACCAGAGAACAGCAUGGAAGAUGAGACUUACACACCCCAUGCCAAACACACAAUCACAUCUAUAUCAGCCUCACCAGAAAAGAAAUCUUUCACAACCAUUAUGCCCAUGAUGGAACAUACUACACCUUCAUCUUCACAGCCAGUCUCAUCUGAAAGCACAGACAUUAAGACAGGCACAGCUUCCUCCCCGAGGACAGUAUGGACAGAUUUCAGUACAUCUGAAGACAUUAAUUCAACCGCAGAAUACAGUCCUAGCCAGAGUGGACUGCCCACUAGCCCUUCCCUUUUUGAAUCUAGGACAGGAGCCAUGUCUGAUGACAGCACAUCCCUUUCAACCCCUCAUCAGUCAACAUCAGAAGAUACGUUUACUGUAAUCUCCACCCGUCUCCCUACCUCAGCCAUCAAUACAGAACCAGAAGAGAUGACAAGCAGACCCAUGGAACACUCUCUAGUUAUGACAGACAUUUUGACGUACCCAGACACAUCCAGCACUACCUCAGUCAAAGACACACACUCCAGUGGAAUGCACACAUAUCCACAUUCAGAAUCCACAGCUCCUUUCAACAGUCCUGCUUUAGCAUCAUGGACACUUACUUCUGGGGAAGUUUCUAUGUCUACAGAUUCCACAGCAACAUCAGGGUUACUUUCACUGACCCUUGGUGCUUCCUUGUCAGACAGACACAGUAGUCACUCUCCUGAUUCUGUGGCCUCUGUUUUCACAGUUACCAAGGAUCUAUUCCCAACAGAUUCACAUACAAGUUCAGAUCCUGGGACUACUUACAUUCCAAGCUGGAGCACCAUUUCCCAGCAAAGCUCAAAUACUGCACAUGCUUCCCAAACCUCAAAGAUGAAUAAAUUUUCCUCAGUCACACCAGGGUCCAACAUGAAAGCCAGCAGUUCUUUACCCCAAUUAAAACACACCUUCACACCUACAUCAGUGUCAUCUGAAAAUAAAGCUUUCCCCACGAUCCUUCCCAUCACCCAAAUAUCUACUCUUUCAUCUAUACAGCCAACAUCAUUUGAACCCGAGAAGACUGGGACACAGACAUUUACCCUCCUGCCAACACUGACAGAAGCUAAUAUACCUGAGAAGCUGCACUUGAGCACAGAUUCCAUUAGUAGCCAUUCUGAAGUGCCUUACAGUUCCUCUCUUCCUGCAUCCAGAACAGUAUCCAUGUCUCCCGAUAACACAAUACUUCCAAUGCUUCAGCAGUUUACUUCAGAAGAUACCAAGUUUACAGCAGAAGGUAUGUCUAGUGGAGUUUUCACCAAGCUUUAUGGCUCCAAUAUCACAGAAUCAGAAGAAAUAUCUACCAGCCAGACUGGGGAUUCUGAAGUGACAUCAAACAUGGUCCUCUCCCCGGAAACAUCACCUAUGCCUUCAGUGUCCCACAAUCUCACUAGUUUCACUCCAGGUCCCCUGGUCACAGAAACAUCCACUUUUCUAAGCCAAACUUAUGACGUCCCAUCAAGUGCAACUUUUCCAACUCUGAAAGGAAGCCAACCUGCCAGUUCUCCAGGAUAUCUUCAUGUCUCGACCUUAACUUCCCCUAGUACUUCCACAGUGGAACACAGCACCCCAUCUCCUAGUUAUGUGGCCUCUGCCUUCACCUCUUCUAGGGAGGUAAUCACAACUGGGUUGGAUAUUCAUGAUUUGUCUACUCCACUCCCAAAUUGGAGCAAUAGUACACAUUCAAGCCAAGAGACUUCACAGGUCACCAAAUCCUCACAUACAAGCUCUGCUUCCUCUCUUAAAGCAGAGAUAAUAAUGGAAGCCAGUAGUUCCAUACCCCAAUCCAAAUUCUCCAUUUCAGAGUCCAUUACAGCUGGCAGAGUCUCCACAAAAAGCCCUUUUUAUUUCUCAGCAUCAGAAGACAUCACCACUGGAAGCAUUCCCAGCCACAUUACUUACUCUAGCACACCCUCCAUCUUUGAGGCAGGUAAUUCUGGGUCUUUAUCAUACAAUACCCUAUCCAGGGACACUGCAACCACUGUUUCUAUGGCAGAGUUUUCUUCACCUGAGCCUCAAACAUCUCCAUAUUUAGCAUUGAUAUCUCAAUCCAGGAGUUCUGAGGAAGAGUCACAUGUAAGUUCUUUACCCAAGGAAAAACACACUUCUUCAGAUUCAACAUCAACUGUGAUUGAGAAAACUACACCUUCACCUGUUAUUUCUACAUCACAAGUACAAAAUGUCUCUUCCCUUGAUUUUCUGAUGGAACUUGUAACUUCUAUUCAAGAGACAACCUCAAAUGGAAAAGACAAAAGUGUGGUUUCUGGAAGUACCUCAAUCCAAGGCCUGGAUACCACAGAGAUUUCAACUCUAGGUCCUUCAAAUAACAUAAGGAACUUGAAGACAAGUCAAAUUUCCUCUAAAAACCCAACAACCACAGUAAAAACCAAUAGUCUGGGAGUGCAUUCCCAAGGGACAGUCCUAGUUAAUUCAAUUCCAUCAAGAAAAACAACUGUAAUUAUGACCCCACAAAGCAACUGGGACACAACACUUUCUACAUCAAUGCCCUUAUUUAAACCUGCUCAUACAGAAACUCAAAAAGACUUCCUGCUAACUUCAGUAGAACAGAAAAUGACCAUGUCUGAAGAUACUAACUUGAUGACAAAAUCCAGUUCUGAUCUUUUCACAGUACCCACUAGGACUUCUACUGGGUUUGCAAGAACAGAAGCUAACUCAACUGAGAGACUAUCUAUUUCAAGCUCUGGAUCCUUCACAGGGACAACAGACAUCUCAAUGGGAAAUACCUCUAGUAUCUCUACACUUUCCUUCCCAGAUAUUGGUAUCAGUCAAGUAACUAAUGCUGCAGAAUCAUUUAAAAUCACCACUCUUUGGAACACAUCAGGUACCAGUACUGAUACUGGGGUCCUCUCUGCAGCAACUCAGACAUUUCUACAUCCAGAUUCCGUGACUCAUCUCAGCAGUUCUGCGUCACUCUCAUGGACAGGUUCCCCAUCCCAUGAAGAAACUCCCUCUGUGAAUUCUGCAGAAAUACCUGGGACAGCAUCAUCUUUUCCUGCUACUUCCACAGCAGAAGGACAAAGUCUUUCCUCUCCUGCUUCUAUGCCCCUCACAUUCUCUUUUGGGCACACAACCAGAAAGGGGUUGGAUACAAACUUAGCUUCUUUUACAACUUUAUUUCCAAACUGGAGAAACAGUGAGUUAGCCACUUCAAAGGACACCAUAACCUCUCAAACAUCUCACUCUUUCACCAGAACUGAAGUAUCCAGUGUGGACAUAACUACUCCUGGACCCCAGUUCCAAAACACUGUAUCAUUUGAUACUGCUUUACCAGAUGGUACUGCCUCUUCCUCAUUGACAUUACCAACAAAGACAUCACCUUCUUCUGCUUUCUCUCUAUCAUCACAUAGUUCAAACCCCACUUCUAUUCCUGAGACUUCAUUCUCCACCUCUGGGUCUUUUAAGACAACAGAUACAUUGAGCAGAAGUUUGGACACUAGAACAAGUUCACCUCCAAAUUUGAGCAGCACCUCACAUGAAAUAUUGGGCUUAUCUGAAGUUACUACUGAUGCAGAAAAUUUUCAUCCUUCCUCAAAAUUCAAAGUAACCAACAUGAAGACCAUCAGUACAGGACAUGAGCUAAGUUCCUCUGUACCAAUACCCCAUGAAUCAUCCAGGGACACCUAUACAAUGGGUACUUCUUCCUCCAUGUGGAUGACUUCUAUGUCCACACCAUUGCCUGCCUAUUCAGAGACUACAAGAUCUGAUACUGAGCAGUUUUCCCACCUGACUUCUGGAUUGGAGGACACUAGCAUGUCCCUACAAACAAAGAUACUUUCAGCUCCUGUGUCCACUCUCAUUUUGUCAAGUUCUGAGAGUGCUGUCAUCACUUCUGCUACGAACAUAUCAACUCCACAUCAGACUCCAGCUUCACAGUUUACUGAAGCUCCGGUAGAAACGGUCACUAUCUUAAAUCCUUCUUCAUCUGUUGUGGAGUCCACUGGGGUAACAUCCUUCACAGAACCCAAUUUUACUAUGCCUUCACUGGAAAGUACUCAUGUUCCAAGAACUGAUACGUUACCUUCAGAUGAGACCACUUUUAUUGAAACAACAACCCUUUCUCCAACAGAAGAGAUGGCUUCAUUUGCCACAACCAGCAUUCCAAAAGGCAGCUCAGCUGUGACUUCUAGCAGUCCUCAUUCUAUUACAAAAUCAAGUUAUGGAGAUGUUUUGGUUUCUACCAUUGCAGAAAAACCACCUUCUUCAACUUCUACACCAUUGACCUUUCCUGAUUUCACUGGCACUGACUUUACAAGCAGCCCAGCCCUCCACAGGAUUACUUCUUCAGAAACAGAAGACGGCAUGCAGUCCCACACAGAGAUACCUGAUAGAGCUGCCCAUGGAGACACUACAGGCCUGGGAAAUGGCCCUUUGGCUUCUACAUCACCUGCUAUCCCUAAAGAGCUAACCACAAAGGGGGCAGUAAAAGAGGAGACCACUGCCACAACUCUGAAGGCUACUUCCAUUGCCACUUCAACCACCAAAAUCUCUACUACAACUCCAAGACCCUUGACUCCCCGCAAGACAUCAGAGCAAAUAGGCAACAUAAACACAACAGAGAUGCUUAUCACAGCCUCAGAUGCUUCCCAUGAUGUCCUAGGGAUAGCAGCAUCAUUUCCUACAGGCUCUGGAGAAAACACUAGCAUGGUCCUCAGGACAAGACCAUCAUCUUACAGUAAAGAACCAGAGAGUACAGCCCUAUUGAUCCCCAGUGAGUCUGAUACAGUCUCAUGGGUCACCCGUCCUUUAGAGAUUACUUCACCUGUUGCCAAGAUAACCAUGAAUGUUUCUCAAGGUGAAUCAGAUUCCAUGGUGUCCACAGCCACCACUCCCAGAAGAGAAGUCAGUUCAACUUUCCCAGCAUUAACUGUUUUAUCUACUAUACCAGAUUUUGCAACCUCACUGAUUAGCAGGCCUGAAGAAAACACCAGUAUGUUUAUCCCAACUCUUACUGACUCCUUGAGUGAACCAAAGAGAACAGUCUCUGGGGUCACCCAUCCUGGGGUGGAGGUGGAUUAUUCUGUUUCCAGCACUUUUUCUACUGACACAUCAGGAAUGGCAACCUCACUGGGUAUUAAUUCUGGAGCAGAGACAAAGCCAGCUCUCCAAAGCCUGACCAUUGCCCCUGGUGAGUCAGAUACAACAGCCUCAAUGGUCAUGCAUCUUUCACAGAGCAGAAUCCCUGUUUCUGAAAAUAUUCUUGACAUUUCCAAUGGUGAAACUGCUACCACCACACUCUCGAUGGAUACUACCCAUGGGACAGAAGUCAUGCCAGCCCUUCCAACCACUACUAUAUCACCUGCUAUAACAGGAUUGAGAACCUCACUGGUCAUUAGUUCUCAGACCACACAGAAAAAUACUAGUGCAUCAGCUAUGACUUCACUAGUUCCUAGUUCUGAGAUAUACACCAGUACAAUUUCCCCAACAAUAACAAGUUAUUCAUAUGAACUAGAGAAAACAACAUCACAAGUAACCCUUUCUGCCAUAUCAGAAGACAGUUCUGUUACAGCUCUUACUGCUAUACCAGGUGAAGCAGGUACAUCAGCCUCAUUUGUUCCCAGUCCUGAAGAGAUCAGCUCCAGAGUUCCAAGGACAAGCACAAGUUUUCACAAUGUGGAAUCUCACACCACACUCCCAACAACCACCACUGAUGAACAAGAAGCCAGAUCACCAGAUGCCCCACCUGUAGCUAUCUCAUCUAGCAUUCCAGAUAUGAUAACCUCAGAAGGCCACACUUCUGAGGAUGUUUCAAGAACAUCCAAACCAAUUCUGACACCUCAACCUUCUGAGCCACAUACCAAAAUUUCUCUGAUCUCUCAUUCUGGGGGAAAGACUAGUUCACCCAUAUCUGCUGUUGGUGUCUCUCCAGGGGUAACUAGCUCUGAGACAGGAAUCCAUACCAUAAAUUGGACUAUUUCCCCAGGUCAACCAAAGACCACAACCUCCUGGACCAUGAAUCAUGGAAUAGAAGUGAAUUCAAGGAUGCUAACUACAACAAUCUCACCAAACCUUCUAGACAUGAUGACCUCAAAAUCUGUGAAUCAAACUCCUAAACUACAGACCACAAUUUCAUUGAUAACUGAUGCCAGAGAAGAGCACAGUUUGGCCAUGUCUACUCUGGCUGUCUCUCCAGGUAUAACAGAAGUGACCACAUCACUUCUCACUAACUUAAGUAAAGCAAGCCAUGCAACAACUUCAACUCUAACUUCUUCCCCAAGACUACAAGAGACAACAACGCCUUGGAUCAACAACCCUGAAACAGAAGCCAUUUCAGGUAUUCAAACUAUAAACUCAAUGUCCAGUGUUACAGACAUGAUGACCUCAACAAUCCUGAACCACACUCCUGCUGAACCACAGAAGACAGCACCAUUGGCCACUCAUGCUGGGGGACAACACAGUUCAGCCAUGAAUAGCAUGGCAGUCUCACAGGGUAUAACAGAAGUGAUAUCAUGGGUCAAAAGCUUAGGCACAGAAAACCAUGGAAUAACUUCAAACACAGUUUUAUCCCUCAUACAACCAGAGGUUACAACACCAGGGGUAACCCAUCCUAGAAGAGAAGGUACUUCAGGAGUUCUAUCUACAACCAUUGAAACUAGUGUACCAGAAAUGAUGACCUCACCAACUCUUACUCCUCCUAAACCAUACACUAAGGUUACAUUGGUCACCGACAUUGUGGAACAGCCCAGUUCAGCCAUGUCUACAAGGCCUGAUCCUCCAUAUACAACAGAAACAAUACCAUUAAUUGUCACUACCUCAGACACAGAAAGCCAUUCAAUGAUUUCAACUUUGGCUGUUUCUCAAGAUCAACCAGGGACCACAGGACAAUGGGUUACACACCGUGGAAAACAAGAUACUUCAGGGGUUCUAAGUACAACGACCUUCCCAACUGUUCCAGGCAAGAUGACCUCAACAAUUCUGACCCACACGCCUUCUGAAGCACAGACAAUAACAUCAUUGGUCACCCAUCCUGGUGGACACCUCAGUUCAUUCAUGUCUACUCAGGCUGUCUCUUCAGGGAUAGCAGAAAUGAUGAUAUCACAGGCCAUUACUUCUGAGACAGGGGCACAUGGAAGCAGCACAGUUCUACUUGAUUCCCCAGGACAAACAGAAACCAUAGCAUCAUGGGAAACUCACACUGAAAGAGAAGGUACUUUGGGUGUUCCAAAUAGCACCAUUUCAACUAGUGUUCCAGCUCUUGUUACUUCCAAAACUUUUAUUCCUUCUGAACCACUUUCCACAAUUUCAUUUGUCACCCACAUUGGUGAACAGCCCACUUCAGCCAUGUCUACUCUGGCUGUCUCUUCAGAAAUAACAGAAAUGAUACAAUCACUGGCUACUAGCUCUGGCAUGAAAAACUAUUCAACUCUGGCAGUGUCCACAGACCAACCAGGGACCACAGCCCCAUUGGUCACCCAUCCUGGAAAAGAAGAUACUUCAGGAGUUCUAACUUCAACCAUCUCACCCAGUGUUCCAGACAUGAUGACCUCAACAAUUCUGACCCACACUCCUUCUGAAGCACAGACAAUAACACCAUUGGUCACCCACACUGGUGGACCUCCCAGUUCAUCUACAUCCACUCAGGCUGUUUCUUCAGAUGUAACAGAAAUACUGAUAUCACAUACUACUGCUUCUGGGACAGAGACACAUAAAACCAGUCCAGCUCUACUUGUAUCCCCAGGACAAACAGAGUCCACAGCCUCAAGGGUGACUCCUGCUGAAAGGGAAGACACUUCAGGUGUUCCAACUAUUACCAUUUCACCUAGUGUCCCAGACCUUGUUACUUCCACAACUCCUGUUCCUUUUGAACCACAUUCCACAGUUUCAUUUGUCACCCACAUUGGUGAACAGCCCAGUUCAGCCAUGCCUACUCUGUCUGCCUCUCCAGGUAUAACAGAAAUGAUACCAUCAGUGGCCACUAGCUCUGGCACAAAAACUAAUUCAACAGCUACACCUCUGGCAGUAUCCCCAGAUAAACCAGGGAGCAUAGGUUCAUGGGUCACCCAUUCUGUAAAGGCAGCCACUUCAGAUGUUAUAACUACAACCCUCUCAUCUAGUGCUCCAGAGAACAUAACCUCAACAAUUCUGACCCACACUCCUUCUGGAACACAGACCACUAUACCAGUGGUUACCCAUGCUGAGGCACAACCCAGUUUGUCCAUGUCAACUGAUGCUGUCUCUUCAGGUGUAACAGAAAUGAUGACAUCACAGGCCACUACUUCUGGGACAGAGACACAUGGAACCAGCACAGUUCUACUUGUUUCCCCAGGUCAAACAGAGUCCGCAGCCUCACGGACAACACAUGCAGAAAGAGAAGACACUUCAGGUGUUCUAACUAACUCCAUUUCAACUGGUGUUCCAGAUCUUGUUAUUUCCACAACUCCUGUUCCUUCUGAACCACAUUCCACAGUUUCAUUUGUCACUCACAUUGGUGAACAUCCCUCUUCAGCCAUAUCUACUCUGGCUGCCUCUCUAGGUAUAACAGAAAUGAUACCAUCAGUGGCCACUAGCUCUGGCACAAAAAACUUUUCAACAGCUACUACUCUGGCAGUUUCCACAGAUCAACCAGGGACCACAGCCCCAUUGGUCACCCAUCCUGGAAAAGAAGGAACUUCAGGAGUUCUAACUUCAACCAUCUCACCCAGUGUUCCAGACAUGAUGACCUCAACAAUUCUGACACACACUCCUUCUGAAGCACAGACAAUAACACCAUUGGUCACCCAUACUGGUGGACAUCCCAGUUCUUCUAUGUCUACUCAAGCUGUCUCUUCAGGUGUAACAGAAAUGCUACAAUCACUAGUCACUAGCUUGGGCACAAAAAGUUAUGUAACUACUUCAACUCUGGAUGUUUCCAUAGGUCAGCCUGAUAGCCCAGCCCAAUUGGUCACCCAUCCUGAAGGAGCAGCCACAUCAUGGAUUCCACCUACUACUAUUUCAACUGGUGUUCCAGAAAUGAUGUCCACAACAACUCUCAUUUUGGCUGAACCACAGAGUGCAGUGUCCUUAGUCACCCAUAUUGAGGGACAGUCCAGUUCAACCUUGUCUACAAGUACUGUCUCUCCAGAUGUUACAGAAAUGAUACCAUCACCGGUCAUUAGCUCAAGCACAGAAAGCCAUUCUGUGACUCCAAAUCUGGUUGUUUCCCCAGAUCAACCAGGGUCCACAGCCCUAUGGGUCACCCAUCCUGGAAAAGAAGACUUUUCAGGAAAUUUAUCUACAACUGUCUCACCUAGUGUUCCAGACAUGACCUCAACAACUGUGAUCCACACUCCUUCUAAACCACAGACCAUAACAUCAUCAGUCACCCAUGCUGGAGAAUAUCCCAGUUCAUCCCUAACUACUCAGGCUAUCUCUUCAGGUGAAACAGAAGUGCCACCAUCACUAGUCACUAGCUUGGGCACAGGAAACUAUGUAAUUACUUCAACUCUGGAUGUUUCCAAAGAUCAGCUUGAGUCCACAGCCCAAUUGGUCACCCAUCCUGAAAGAGACACAACAUCAGGGGUUUCACCUACAAUAAUUUCAACUAGUGUUCCAGAAAUGAUGUCCACAAAUACUCUUAUUCCUUCUGAACCAUAUAGCACCAUGUCAUUCAUCACUCACAAUGAGGGACAGCCCAGUUCAAUAUUGUCUACAAGUCCUGUCUCAGUGGGCAUUACAGAUGUGAUACCAUCACUGGGCAUUAGCUUAAGCACAGAGAGCCAUUCCAUGACUUCAACUCUGGGUUCAUCUCCAGAUCAACUAGAGACCACAGCCCCAUUGGUCAUGCAUCCUGAAAAAGAAGGCUCCUCAGGGGAUCUAUCUAUAACCAUUUCACCUCAUGUUCCAGACAUGAUGACCUCAAUAACCCUGACCCACACUCCUGAACCACAGACAACAACAUCAUUGGUCACCCACACUGGUGGACACCUCAGUUCAUCCAUGUCCACUCAGGCUGUCUCUUCAGGUGUAACAGAAAUGAUGACAUCACCAGCCACUACUUCUGAGACAGAGACACAUGAAACCAGUCCAGCUCUACUUGUAUCCCCAGGACAAACAGAAACCACAGCCUCAAGGGUGACUCCUGCUGAAAGGGAAGACACUUCAGGUGUUCCAACUAUUACCAUUUCACCUAGUGUUCCAGACCUUGUUACUUCCACAACUCCUGUUCCUUCUGAACCACAUUCCACAGUUUCAUUUGUCACCCACAUUGGUGAACAGCCCAGUUCAGCCAUGCCUACUCUGGCUGCCUCUCCAGGUAUAACAGAAAUGAUACCAUCAGUGGUCACUAGCUCUGGCACAAAAAACUAUUCAACAGCUACACCUCUGGCAGUGUCCACAGAUCAAACAGGGACCACAGGUUCAUGGGUAACCCAUUCUGUAAAGGCAGCCACUUCAGAUGUUAUAACUACAACCCUCUCAUCUAGUGCUCCAGAGAACAUAACCUCAACAAUUCUGACCCACACUCCUUCUGAAUCACAGACAAUAACAUCAUUGGUCACCCAUCCUGGUGGACACCUCAGUUCAUCCAUGUCUACUGAGGCUGUCUAUUCAGGUGUAACAGAAAUGAUGACAUCACAGGCCACUGCUUCUGGGACAGAGGCACAUGGAACCAGCACAGUUCUACUUGUUUCCCCAGGUCAAACAGAGUCCACAGCCUCACAGACAACACAUGCAGAAAGAGAAGACACUUCAGGUGUUCUAACUAACUCCAUUUCACCUAGUGUUCCAGACCUUGUUACUUCCAAAACUCCUGUUCCUUCUGAACCACAUUCCACAGUUUCAUUUGUCACCCACAUUGGUGAACAGCCAAGUUCAGCCAUGUCUUCUCUGGCUACCUCUCCAGGUAUAACAGAAAUGAUACCAUCAGUGGCCACUAGCUCUGGCACAAAAAACUAUUCAACAGCUACAACUCUGGCAGUGUCCACAGAUCAACCAGGGACCACAACCCCAUUGGUCACCCAUCCUGGAAAAGAAGGAACUUCAGGAGUUCUAACUUCAACCAUCUCACCCAGUGUUCCAGACAUGAUGACCUCAACAAUUUUGACCCACACUCCUUCUGAAGCACAGACAAUAACACCAUUGGUCACCCAUCCUGGUAGACACCUCAGUUCAUCCAUGUCUACUGAGGCUAUCUAUUCAGGUGUAACAGAAAUGAUGACAUCACAGGCCACUACUUCUGGGACAGAGACACAUGGAACCAGCACAGUUCUACUUAUUUCCCCAGGUCAAACAGAGUCCACAGCCUCACGGACAACACAUGCAGAAAGAGAAGACACUUCAGGUGUUCUAACUAACUCCAUUUCACCUAGUGUUCCAGAUCUUGUUACUUCCAAAACUCCUGUUCCUUCUGAACCACAUUCCACAGUUUCAUUUGUCACCAACAUUGGUGAACAGCCAAGUUCAGCCAUGCCUGCUCUGGCUGCCUCUCCAGGUAUAACAGAAAUGAUACCAUCAGUGGCCACUAGCUCUGGCACAAAAAACUUUUCAACAGCUACAACUCUGGCAGUUUCCACAGAUCAACCAGGGACCACAGCCCCAUUGGUCACCCAUCCUGGAAAAGAAGGAACUUCAGGAGUUCUAACUUCAACCAUCUCACCCAGUGUUCCAGACAUGACCUCAACAAUUCUGACCCACACUCCUUCUGAAGCACAGACAAUAACACCAUUGGUCACCCAUACUGGUGGACAUCCCAGUUCUUCUAUGUCUACUCAUGCUGUCUCUUCAGGUGUAACAGAAGUGCCACCAUCACUAAUCACUAGCUUGGGCACAGGAAACUAUGUAAUUACUUCAACUCUGGAUGUUUCCAAAGAUCAGCUUGAGUCCACAGCCCCAUUGGUCACCCAUCCUGAAAGCGAAGCCACAUCUGUGGUCCUGUCUUCAACUAUCUCACCUAGUGUACCAGAAAUGAUGACAUCACCUAGUCUUAUUUCUGCUGAACAACACAGCACAGUGUUAUUGGUCAGCCAUGUUGAGGGACAGCCCAGUUCACCCAUGUCUAUCAGCCCUGUCUCUCCAGGUAUAACAGAAAUGAUACCAUUACUUGUGACUACCUCAGACACAGAAGGUCAUUCAGUGCCUUCAACUCUAUCUGUUUCCCCAGAUCAACCUGCAGCCACAACUUCAAUGGUCACCCAACCUUGGAAAGAAGGCACUUCAGAGAUUCUAAGUACAACUAUAUCAAAUACUAUUCCAGACAUAAUGACCUCAAAAAUUCUGACCCACACUCCUUCUGAAUCACAGACAAUAACAUCAUUGGUCACCCAUCCUGGUGGACACCUCAGUUCAUCCAUGUCUACUGAGGCUGUCUAUUCAGGUGUAACAGAAAUGAUGACAUCACAGGCCACUACUUCUGGGACAGAGACACAUGGAACCAGCACAGUUCUACUUAUUUCCCCAGGUCAAACAGAGUCCGCAGCCUCACGGACAACACAUGCAGAAAGAGAAGACACUUCAGGUGUUCUAACUAACUCCAUUUCAACUGGUGUUCUAGAUCUUGUUAUUUCCACAACUCCUGUUCCUUCUGAACCACAUUCCACAGUUUCAUUUGUCACCCACAUUGGUGAACAGCCCAGUUCAGCCAUGUCUUCUCUGGCUGCCUCUCCAGGUAUAACAGAAAUGAUACCAUCAGUGGUCACUAGCUCUGGCACAAAAAACUAUUCAACAGCUACACCUCUGGCAGUGUCCACAGAUCAAACAGGGACCACAGGUUCAUGGGUAACCCAUUCUGUAAAGGCAGCCACUUCAGAUGUUAUAACUACAACCCUCUCAUCUAGUGCUCCAGAGAACAUAACCUCAACAAUUCUGACCCACACUCCUUCUGAAUCACAGACAAUAACAUCAUUGGUCACCCAUCCUGGUGGACACCUCAGUUCAUCCAUGUCUACUGAGGCUGUCUAUUCAGGUGUAACAGAAAUGAUGACAUCACAGGCCACUGCUUCUGGGACAGAGGCACAUGGAACCAGCACAGUUCUACUUGUUUCCCCAGGUCAAACAGAGUCCACAGCCUCACGGACAACACAUGCAGAAAGAGAAGACACUUCAGGUGUUCUAACUAACUCCAUUUCACCUAGUGUUCCAGACCUUGUUACUUCCAAAACUCCUGUUCCUUCUGAACCACAUUCCACAGUUUCAUUUGUCACCCACAUUGGUGAACAGCCAAGUUCAGCCAUGUCUUCUCUGGCUACCUCUCCAGGUAUAACAGAAAUGAUACCAUCAGUGGCCACUAGCUCUGGCACAAAAAACUAUUCAACAGCUACAACUCUGGCAGUGUCCACAGAUCAACCAGGGACCACAACCCCAUUGGUCACCCAUCCUGGAAAAGAAGGAACUUCAGGAGUUCUAACUUCAACCAUCUCACCCAGUGUUCCAGACAUGAUGACCUCAACAAUUUUGACCCACACUCCUUCUGAAGCACAGACAAUAACACCAUUGGUCACCCAUCCUGGUAGACACCUCAGUUCAUCCAUGUCUACUGAGGCUAUCUAUUCAGGUGUAACAGAAAUGAUGACAUCACAGGCCACUACUUCUGGGACAGAGACACAUGGAACCAGCACAGUUCUACUUAUUUCCCCAGGUCAAACAGAGUCCACAGCCUCACAGACAACACAUGCAGAAAGAGAAGACACUUCAGGUGUUCUAACUAACUCCAUUUCAACUGGUGUUCCAGAUCUUGUUAUUUCCACAACUCCUGUUCCUUCUGAACCACAUUCCACAGUUUCAUUUGUCACCCACAUUGGUGAACAGCCCAGUUCAGCCAUGUCUUCUCUGGCUGCCUCUCCAGGUAUAACAGAAAUGAUACCAUCAGUGGUCACUAGCUCUGGCACAAAAAACUAUUCAACAGCUACAACUCUGGCAGUGUCCACAGAUCAACCAGGGACCACAGCCCCAUUGGUCACCCAUUCUGUAAAGGCAGCCACUUCAGAUGUUAUAACGACAACCCUCUCAUCUAGUGCUCCAGAGAACAUAACCUCAACAAUUCUGACCCACACUCCUUCUGGAACAGAGACCAUAAUAUCAGUGGUUACUCAUGCUGAGGCACAACCCAGUUCAUCCAUGUCUACUGAGGCUGUCUCUUCAGGUGUAACAGAAAUGAUACCAUCUGGGGUCACUGUCUCUGACACAAAAAAUUAUUCAACAACUACAACUCUCAAAGUUUCCACAGAUCAACCAGGCCCCACAGCCCCAUGGGUCACCCAUCCCAGAAAGGAAGAUACUUCAGAGAUUCUAUCUACAACUCUCUCACCUAGUGUUCCAGACAUGAUGACCUCAACAACUCUGAUCCAUGCUCCUUCUGAACCACAGACCAUAACAUCAUUAGUCACACAUCCUGGUGAGCACCUCAGUUCAUCCAUGUCUACUCAGGCUGUCUCUUCUGGUAUAACAGAAAUGACACCAUCACUAGUUACUAGCUUGGGCACAGAAAGCUAUACAAUGACUACAACUCUGGCUGUUUCCACAGAUCAAUCUGAGACCACAAUCCAAUGGGUCACCCAUCCUGGAAGAGAAGACUCUUCAGAGGUUCUAUUUACAACCAUCUUACCUAGGGUACCAGAAAUGAAGACCUCACCAACUCUUAUUCCUUCUGAACCACAUACCACAGUUUCAUUGGUCACCAACACUGGGGAACAGCCCAGUUCAGCCAUGUCUACAAGUCCUGUCUCUUCAGGUAUAACAGAAAAAAUACCAUCACUGAUCACUAGUUCUGGCACAGAAAGCCAUUCAGUGACUUCAACUUUGGCUGUUUCCCCAGGUCAAACAGAGUCCACAGCCCCAUGGAUCACCCAUCCUGAAAAAGAAGACAAUUCAAAAGUUCUAACUUCAACCAUCUCACCAAGUGUUCCAGACAUGAUGGCCUCAACAGCUCUGAACCACAUUACUUCUGAACCACAGACCACAACAUUGGUCACCCAGGCUGGGGGACAGACCAGUUUAUCCAUGACUACUCAGGCUGUCUCUCCUCAUGUAACAGAGGUGAUACCAUCACUAGUCACUAGCCCUGGUAUGCCAGAAAUGACCUCACCAAAUCAUAUUUCUUCUGAAGCACAUGCCACAAUUUCUUUGGUCACUGACAUUGAGGGACAGCCCAGUUCAGCUAUGUCUACAAGGCCUGUCUCUCCCCAUGUAACAGAAACAAUACCAUCACUAGUCACUAGCUCUCACACAGAAAGGGAUUCAGUUUCUUCCACUCUGACUGCUUCUCCAGGUCAACCAGAGACCACAGCCUCGUGGGUUAUCCAUCCUAUAACAGAAGCCACUUUGAGUAUUCUAAGGACAUCCAUCUCUCCUAGUGUUCCAGACAUGAUGUCCUCACCAACUCUUUUAUCUUCUGAACCACAUACCAUGAUAUCCUUGGUCUCCCAUGUUGAGGGACAGGCCAGUUCAGCCAUUUCUACAAGCCCUGUCCCUCCAGUUAUAACAGAAAUUAUGACAUCACUGGCCACUACUUCUGAGACAGAGACACAUACAGCCACUCCGACUCUGACUGUUUCCUCAAGUCAAACAGAGACCACAGCCUCCUGGGUCACCCAUCCCAGAAAAGAAGCAACUUCAACAAUUUCUACUUUAUCUGCUUUACCUGAAGAGCCAAAAAGAACUGAAACAUGGCUCAUUCCUUCUGCCAAGCCCAGCACACCACUUUCCACAACCACUCCCACAUUUUCUUAUAGUGAAUCAGACAUCACUUCCUUAGCUUCUGGGGCAGAGACCACUCCAGCAACAACCUUUUCAUCUGGUGCUUCUGAAGAAACAGCCUCUCUCCCAGCCCUCUCUGGGACAGAGACCAGCUCCACCAUUCUAACAGUAACCCCUUCCCCUGCUUUAGCAGGCACCACAGGCUUAUGGGUUUCCAUCUCUUCAGCAGAAUCCAAUCUGACUAUGUCCCCGAGUGUCCCUGGGUUUCCCGGUGCCCCUACAACUAGUAAACAUGGCAAUGCAACUCCACAGAGCACAGAAACCUCAGCACCCAUCACUACAGUUAAACUUCCAAAUUUUGUCAGUGAUGUAAUGACCUUGAUACCAUCAGAGGCCUCAACAAGCCCACUCACUGACCUGGAAACUACAAGUGAGACUUCUCAUUUAGCUAUCACAAGUUCAAGACCUACUGGCUCUAAGACCACAACUGCACUACAUGGAAGUCCUUAUGCCCCUCUGAACACAUCUAAAAUGUCCACAUGGUCCUCUGAGAAUGUGACUUCAAGACCAGGUACAACCCCAUCUCUGGGACACUUCACCCUCAACUUCACUAUAACCAACCUGCGCCAUAGAGAGGGCAUGGGAUCCCAAGGAUCUGAAAUAUUCAACAGCACAGAGAGAAUUUUGAAUCGAUUGCUCAAGCCCAUGUUCGAGAAUACCAGUAUCGGGCACCUUUAUUCUGGUUGUAGACUGAUCUCACUGAGGCCUGAGAAAGACGGAACAGCCACUGGAGUGGAUGCUGUCUGCACUCACCAUUCUGAUCCCAUGGACCGUACGCUGGACAGAGAGAAGCUGUACUGGGAAUUCAGUCAUAAUACCCACGGUGUCACCAACCUAGGAUCCUUUGCUCUAGAAAAGGACAGCCUGUACAUCAAUGAUUUUACCCAUCGAACCUCUGCUACCUCUCCCAACACGCCUGUGACCUCUUCUCUGUUUUUCACAGGGACCUCCACAGAACACCCUAAUCUCUCUACAGUGGCCAUGCCUGUCAUUGCCCAGUUCACCCUCAACUUCACCAUCACUAACCUGGAGUUCAAGGAAUAUAUGCUGUAUCAUGGCUCCAGGAAAUUCAACACUCUUGAGCGAGUCCUCCAGCACCUGCUCAAACCCCUGUUCAAGAACAGCAGUAUGGGAUCCCUCUAUUCAGGCUGUGCACUGGUGGCACUCAGGUCUAAGAAGGAUGGAACAGCCACCAGAGUGGAUGCCAUCUGCACAUAUCACCCUGACCCCAAAGGCCACAGAUUGGACAGGGAGCAGCUAUACUGGGAGCUGAGUAGGUUGACUCAUGGUGUCACCAGAUUGGAUCCCUACACCUUGGACUGGGACAGCCUGUAUGUCAAUGGUUUCACCCAUCAGAGCUCUGCAGUUAUCACCAGCCCUGAGCAUUCAACAGAUGUUCCAUCCCUGGUGCCUUUUACCCUCAACUUCACCAUCACAAAUCUACAAUACACACCAAUUAUGAAACACCCAGGAUCCUUCAAGUUCAACAAAACAGAGACAGUCCUGCAGCACCUGCUUGCUGCUGUGUUCAAGAAUACCACCAUUGGUCCAUUGUACUCUGGGUGCCAGCUGACGUUGCUCACGCCUGAGAAGGAUGGAUCAGCCACUGGUGUGAACAUGAUCUGUUCUCAUCGAUCUGAGCCCACAGGCAUGGGGCUGGACCCAAAGCAGCUGUACUGGGAGCUGAGUCGUGAGACCCAUGGCAUCACCCAGCUGGACUUUAUGACCCUGGACAAGAACAGCCUUUAUGUCAAUGGUUAUAACCAUUGGUUCCUGACCUCAACCACUAGCAUGCCGGGCUCUCCUCUGAUGCCUUUCAUCAUCAACUUCACCAUUACUAACCUCAAGUAUGAGGACAGUAUGGGUCACCCUGGGUCCUGGAAGUUCAAUGCCACUGAGAGAAUCCUACAAAAACUGCUGUGGCCUUUGUUCAAUAAGACAAGUAUCAGCCUCCUGUAUUCUGGCUGCAGACUGAUCUCACUCAGGCCUGAGAAAGAUAAAGCAGCCACAGGAGUAGAUGCCAUCUGUACUCAUCAUCCAGACCCCACUGGAUCUGAGCUGGACAAUGAGCAGGUGUACUGGGAAUUGAGUGAGCUGACCAAUGAUAUCAGCCAGCUGGGCCCUUACACCUUAGACCACAACAGCCUUUACAUCAAUGGUUAUACACACCAGAUCCUGUCCACCACAUCCAUGACAGCAGGCCCUGUCCUGGUACAUUUUACUGUCAACUUCACCAUAAUUAACUUGGCAUUUGAGGAGGACAUGAGUCGCCCUGGAUCCAGAAAGUUCAAUAUCACUGAGAGAACCCUGCAGAGCCUGCUGAGGCCCUUGUUCCAAAAAUCCAGUGUUGGUCCCCUGUAUUCUGGCUGCCUGCUGACCUCACUCAGAUCUGAAAAUGGUGGUGCAGGCACAGGAGUGGAUGCUGUCUGCACUUACCAUCCUGACCCCACUGGCCUGGGACUGAACAGAAAGAUGAUGUUCUGGGAGCUCAGCAAGCUGACCUAUGGUGUCAGCAGACUGGGUCCUUACACUCUGGACAAGAACAGUCUCUAUGUCGAUGGUUACACACAUCCAAUCCUGGCUACCACCACCAGGACUUCUAUGAUGACCACUGCUUCUACGGAAAUGACUGCCAACUCUCCCAGCCCUACAGCAGGUCCCCUUCCAGUGCCUUUUACCAUCAACUUCACUGUCAUUAAUCUGGAGUAUGUGGAGGACAUGGGUCACCCAGGAACCAGGAAGUUCAAUGCCACUGAGAGAAUCCUGCAGAGACUGCUCAGGGCGUUGUUCAGUAAAACCAGUGUUGGCCCACUGUACUCUGGAUGCAGACUGACAUUUCUCAGGCCUGAGAACAAUGGAACAGCCACAGGAGUAGAUGCCAUCUGCACCUACCACCCCAACACCUCUAAUCAACGGCUAGAUAGAGAGCAUCUGUACUGGGAGAUGAAGAGACUGAAUGAUGGCAUCAUGCAGCUAGGACCCUACACCCUGGACCAGAACAGUCUCCAUGUCAAUGGUUAUACACAGCACAUUCUGGCCACCACCCACAGAACAUCAGUAAUGGCCACUGUUUCUGAAGAAAUGCCAAACACUUCCUCCACUCCCACAGCAGCAGGCCCUGUCCAGUUGCUUUUCAGCAUCAACUUCACCAUCAUUAACCUGGAGUUUGAGGACGACAUGAGUCACCCUGGAUCCAGGAAGUUCAAUAUCACUGAGAAAACCCUGCAGAGCCUGCUCAGGCCCUUGUUCAAAAAAAUCAGUGUUGGUCCAUUGUAUUCUGGCUGCAGACUGACCUUGCUCAGGUCUGAGAACAAUGGAGCAGCCACAGGGGUGGAUGCCGACUGUACCUACCACCUAGACUCUGCUGGCCACAAGCUCGAAAAUGAGCAGAUAUACGGGGAGCUGAGCAGUCUGACCCAGGGUGUCACCAAACUGGGCCCCUACAUCCUGGACCAGAACAGUCUCUCUGUCAAUGGUUACACCCACCAGAUCCUGACUUCCACCCCCAGAACUUCAAGCUCUGCUCUGAUGCUUUAUACUCUUAACUUCACCAUCACCAACCUACCCUACACAAAGGACAUGUGGGGCCCAGGAUAUGCCAAGUUCAACAAAGUGGAGGAAGUCCUGCAGCUUCUGCUCAGAUCUUUGUUCCAAAACACCAGUGUUGGCCUACUGUAUUCUGGUUGCAGACUGACCUCACUCAGGCCAAAGAAGAAUGGAGAGGCUACCAAAGUAGACAUGGUUUGCACUUACCACCAAUAUUCCAUAGGCACUGAUCUGGACAGAGAGCAACUAUACUCAGAACUAGAACAGCUCACCCAUAGCAUCACUCAACUGGGUCCCUAUACUCUGGACCAGAAUAGUCUCUAUGUCAAUGGUUACACACACCAGAUUGCAGUAACCAGCACCAGCACUAUACAAUCACCCUUGGUAUUAUUUACGCUCAACUUCACCAUCACCAACCUAUUUUAUGAGAAGGACAUGCAGCCCCCAGACUCCAGGAAGUUUAACACCACAGAGAGGAUCCUGCAGAGCCUACUUGAGCCCUUGUUCAGAAACACCAGCAUUGGCCCUUUGUAUGCUGGCUGCAGACUGACUUUGCUGAGUCCCAGGAAGGAUGGAGAAGCCACUGGAGUGGACACAGUUUGCACGUAUCACCCUGACCACAUAGGUCAUGGCCUGGCCAGAGAGCAACUGUACUUGGAGCUGAGGAAGCUGACCUGUGGUGUCACCCAGCUGGGCCCCUACACUUUGGAUCAGGACAGUCUCUAUGUUAAUGGCAAUGGUACUGUCAUGGUACCCAUAACUCUCAACUUCACAAUCACCAACUUGCACUAUACAGAGGAGAUGGGAAACCCAGGUUCCUUGAAGUUCAACUCCACUAAGUUGGUUUUACAUUAUUGGCUUGAGACCUUACUCAAUAAGACCAGCAUUGCCCCACACUAUUCUGGAUGCAGAUUGUCUUCACUCAGGUCUGACAACUAUAGAGCAGCCACAGGAGUGGACAUAAUCUGCACCUUCCACUUUGACACUAUGAGUCCAGGGUUAGACCAAGAUCAACUAUUUUGGGAGUUGAGUCAUGAGACCCAUGGCAUCACCCGUCUGGGCCCCUACACCCUGGACCAGAAUAGUCUCUACAUCAAUGGUUACCAUUUUGGAGCUGCAGCCCCAACUACCACCACUGGGGAAGUCAGUGAGGAGAUGUUCACAGUGAACUUUACCAUCAACAACCUGCGCUACUCAGCUGACAUGGGCCAGGUUGGCUCCCCCAAGUUCAACAUCACAGAUACACUCAUGCAGCACCUGCUCGGCCCUUUGUUUCAGAGGAGCAGCCUUGGCCCCCUAUACACAGGCUGUAGAGUAGCCACUCUGAGGUCAGUGAAGAAUGGUGCCCAGACCCAGGUAGAUGUCCUUUGCACCUACCGCCAGGUUCCCACUGGUCUGGGACUGCCUGCCAAGUCAAUUUUCUAUGACCUAAGAUGGCAGACCCGUGGAAUCACCCGUCUGGGUCCUUACUCCCUGGAUAAAGACACCCUUUACAUCAAUGGUUACAAUGAACCUGGUCCAGAUGUACCUCCUACAACUCCAGAACCAGCCACCACCAUCUUGCCCUCCCCAUCAACAUCUCUACAGCCAGAGUCCAAUACAGAUAUGUGGCACCACCUGGAAAUCUUCACAAUCAACUUCACCAUCUCCAACCUUCCAUAUUCAGCAGACAUGAUCAGUGGCUCAGCCAUGUUCAACUCCACUGAGAAUGUCCUACAACACCUGCUUGGGCCCUUGUUCCAGAAUAGCUCCUUUAACUCAAGUUGCAGACUGACCUCUCUCAGCCCUGAGAAGAAUGGGACAUUCACAAGCGUGGUUACUACCUGCACCUACCAGCAUGACCCUGCACAUCCUGGAAUGGACACACAGGGUCUGUACUCAGAACUGAGCCAUCUGAGCCAUGGAGUCACCCAACUGGGAAACUACACACUGGAGAAGCAUAGCCUCUAUGUGAAUGGUUAUAAUGAACUUGGUCCAGACAUGCUUGCUACAACUCCUGAGCCAAGCACCACCAUCCUGCCUUUUAUAUUGACAUCUGUGCAGCCAGAAUCCACCACAGGUAUGGAGCAUCAUCUGAAGACUUUCAUAAUCAAUUUUACCAUCUCUAAUCUUCCAUAUUCAGAAGAUAUGAGCUAUAGUUCAGCCAUGUUCAACUCCACUGAGAGUGUUCUACAGCACUUGCUUAGACCCUUGUUCCUGAAUAUAUUCUUCGACUCAAGCUGCAGACUGACCUCCCUCAGGCCUGAGAAGAAUCAAAACUCCACUAGUGUAAAUGUCAUUUGCUCCUACCAACAUGAUUCUGCACAUCCUGGGCUGCACACACAGGAGAUGUAUUCAGAGCUGAGCCAUCUGACCCAUGGAGUCACUCAGCUGGGCAAUUAUACAUUGGACAAAGAUAGUCUCUAUGUGAAUGGUUACAGUGGAACUAGUACAGAAGAAUCAACCACAAAUCCUGAACUGGCCACUACCAUACUGCCUUCUCCAUCAAUACUUGCGCAAACAGAAUCCACCACAGGUGUGGGACAUCAUAUGAAGACUGUCACAGUGAGUUUCAUCAUUGCCAACCUUCCAUAUUCAGCAAGUAUGAACAAUAGCUCAGCUGUGUUCAAUUCCACUGAGACUCUCCUGAAGAACCUGUUGGAACCCUUGCUUCAUAAUGUUUUUUUCAACUCAAGUUGCAGAUUAGAUUCCCUCAGGGCUGAGAAGAAUGGAACAGCCACUGGUGUGUAUGCUAUCUGCACCUACAACCAUGACCCUUCACUUCCUGGGAUGGACGCCCCAGAACUGUACUCAAAACUGAGCAGUAUGAUACAUGGAAUAACCCAGCUGAGCAACUAUACACUGGACAAAGAGAGUCUAUAUGUCAACGGUUAUAAAAAACCUGCUCCAGAAGAACCUCCUACAACUCCUGAGCCAGCCACCAUUACCCUACCUUCUAUAUCUACAUCUCUGCAGCCAGAACCUGACACAGCUAUGGGGCACCAUCUGGAGAUCCUAACAAUCAACUUCACCAUAACCAAUCUUCCAUAUUCAUCAAAUAUGAGCAAUGGCUCAGCUGUGUUCAGCUCAACUGAGAGUGUCCUGCAGUACCUGCUUGGACACUUGUUCCAAAAUGGCUCCUUCAACUCAAGUUGCAGAUUGGAUUCUCUCAGGUCUAAGGAGAAUGGAACAGCCACUGGUGUGGAUGCCAUCUGCACCUACCACCAUGACCCUUCACAUCCUGGGAUGGACAUCCAACGACUGUACUCAGAGCUGAAAAAUCUAACCCAGGGAAUCACCCAGCUGGGCAAUUACUCACUAGACAAAGACAGUUUAUAUGUCAAUGGUUAUAAUGAACAUGGUGCAGAAGGUCUUCCUACAGCUCCCGGGUCACCCACCACCAUCCUGGCUUCUCCAUCAAAAUCUGUGCAACCAGAACCCACAACAGCCAUGGGACAUAUGAAGACGUUCACACUCAAUUUCACUAUCUCCAACCUCCCAUACUCAGCAGGCAUGAGCUCAGCCAUGUUUAAUUCCACUGAGAGGAUCCUGCAGCACCUGCUUGGACCCUUAGUCCAGAAUGAAUCCCUCUAUUCAGAUUGCAGACUGGUUUCCCUCAGGCCUAAGAAGAAUGGAACAGCCACUGGUGUGAGUGCCAUCUGCUCCUACCACCAUAACCCAGCCUAUCCUGAGCUUGACACUCAGGAGCUAUAUACAAAGCUGAGUCAGCUGACCCAUGGCAUCACCCAGCUGGGUAGCUACAUGCUGGACCAGAAUAGUCUCUAUGUCAAUGGUCUUCAUGCUAGUGCAGUGAGCACACACUGACUGAGCCAUCUCCUUAGGAUCCUACAUGUAAUAGACAUGAAGCCACCCAUUCUUCUGCCAACAGAAGUCCCAACAACCAGUUCCAGCUCUCAGCAUUUCAACCUGAACUUCACCAUCACCAAUCUACCCUAUUCACAAGACAUAGCCCAGCCAGGCACCGCCAAACACCAGCAAAGCAAAAGAAGCAUUGAAUAUGCGCUCAACCAGCUUUUCAGAAACAGCAGCAUCAAGAGUUACUUUUCUGACUGUCAAGUUUUAGCCUUCAGGUCUGUCUCCAACAGCAACCACACAGGAGUUGAUUCCCUGUGUAACUUCUCACCAUUAGCUCGGCGAGUGGACCGAGUUGCUAUUUAUGAGGAAUUCCUUCGGAUGACACAAAAUGGCACCCAGUUGCUGAACUUCACCCUGGACAGGAAGAGUGUCCUUGUGGAUGGAUAUUCUUCAAACAGGGAGGAUGAUGUGAUAAAGAAUUCUGGUCUUCCCUUCUGGGCCAUCAUUCUCAUCUGCUUGGUGGUACUACUGGUACUCAUCACAUGCCUGAUGUGCUGUUUCCUGGUGACUGUCUGCAGAAGAAAAAAGGAGGGAGACUACCAGGUUCAACGUCACCGCCUAGGUUAUUACCUGCCUCACCUAGACCUGAGGAAGUUCCCAUGA